CUAUACCAACAAUCUUAUUACUUGAUUUCGUGGUCGCUCAAGAUCAAGAUACUGAUCAACAAUUUGAUGAUUAUCAAAAUGAUUUGGUUGCUGUUAUAGCUGUUGUUUUUGGACACAUAAAUCUGUGUGCAGGUCUUUGUGUGAUAUAUUCGGCAUUUAUAAAAUGGCGUGCAAGUUCUUUGUCAAUAUCAAACCGUAUUCCAUUAUAUUUUAGUUUUAUUGAAAUCUGCCAAUUAAUUCCCGGAACCGGUUGUAAAAUUCUUGCAUAUCUACUCUUAUUACAACUUACUACAAAUAUGAUUUUAAUGGCAAGCAUAGCUAUGACUACCUAUAUGAGAAUUGUAAAAGGCAAAAACAUUUCCUUAGGAACAUAUGAUUGGAAACUCCUCGUCUUUGUCAUUGUCUCUUCAAUAAUAGUGACAAUACCCUCAACCCCAGCUUUGGGCCCUUCACGCUUUUGGUGUAUGACUUUAUAUGUGCAAAAGAAUGAACUAUUAAUUGACGCAUAUACCAUAUUCUGUGUGACUUUUUCUAUCACAUGUUUUUGUUAUUUUAAAACUUUAUCUACUAUAUUUAAUAUUGAUCGAGAUAGUUUGACAGAUU